UAGUGUCUGCGCAUGCUCUAGUGUAAGGUUUGCACUUCCGCAAUUUAACAGAAAGAAAGUUUGACACAAAUUUGACGAAAAAUCGAUGUACCGUCAGUAAUACAAAAGAUCGAAAAGGAAUACAAGUUUAAUUUUAUAGAUUAUCCCUUUAAAACGAAAGAAAGUCUCUUUGAAACCAAAAGUGUAUACGAUAGCUUGGCUAUCAGAGUCUUAAAGUAUCCGGUGUUCAGACCGUCAUGAAUUUCAUGUUUCUACUUUUGUAAACGAUGGCAAAUGUACCAAAUUCCAACCCUAACUGGCAAAAUAGACCACCUGUAUCGAUGCAACAAAAUGCCGGUGUUCCAUUUGGAGGACCAAGGCCUCCUUUGGGAGAUAACAUGCAGUUGAAGGCAGGACAGACAAUGAAUGGACCUGCUCCAUAUUCAGAACAACAAGGGCAGCCUUUUUUCAGGCCACCAUCCAGUGUAAAUGGUGUGUCAACACCACCAAUGUCACAAGGAAAUAUGCAACAAAAUGGUCAGUUUUCAGGUGUAAGACCACCAUUACCUGGUGGUCCUGCAAUAAAUGGACCUAAUCAAGGUCCACCAUUUCAAGGACCUCAGUUCAAUCAACCUAGACAAGGAUUCCCAGGGCCAAGUGGACAAAUUAGACCAGGAGGUCCACUACCAAAUGUAAGGCCUUUCACAGGGGCACCGCCAUCAAGUCAAAGUGCAUUCCGACCUCCACAAGCGGGAGGAGCUUCAGGAUUGCCUACCUUUCCCACACCAGCGUCACAGUCGGGUUUGACCAGACCACCAUUUUCAGAUGUGGCACAAUCUCAAGCAGAUCGCCCAAAUGAGCUCCCUGUACCAUUUCACGGGCAUGGUCAGUACUCGCACCAAGUCGGCAUGGCUCUAACGCCAGGGAUUACUCCUUCAAACUCAGGUCCACCCUCCCAGAAGUCAUCAAGGACAAAUUCCCCAGCUGUGAUCAACCAGAACUUUGACGCUCUUGAGGGUCAGUUCAGAGGAACACCUGAACAAGAGAUACAGCCAGUAGGUAAUCCUCAGCAACAAUGGAAUUCUCCACCAAAUUCAUCCACAGCUUUUAGACAACCAGGCAUGCCACCAACAUCAAGUUUUCCUGGUAUGCCCCCAACUUCACAGCAAGGCAUGCCCCCAAUGUCACAACAGGGCAUGCCCCCAACAUCCAGCAUUCCUGGUAUGCCACCAACUUCACAACCAGGCAUACCCCCAACAUCAAGUUUUCCUGGUGUGCCCCCAACUUCACAAGGCAUGCCCCCAACAUCAAGUAUUUCUGGAAUGCCCCCGACAUCAAGUUUUCCUGGUAUGCCUCCAACUUCACAGCAGGGUAUGCCCCCAACAUCUGGUUUUCCUGGCAUGUCCCCAACUUCACAGCAAGGCGUGCCCCCAACUUCACAACAGGGCAUGCCCCCCACUUCACAGCAAAGAUUUAUGUCACCUACAGUAAGUAGUCAAGGUACAGGAUUUCCUCCCUCAGUCAGUCAGGGAUCAAGAUUUCCCCAAGCACAGAGGCCAGGUUUUCCUCCUGUAUCAGCUGGUCAACAACAACCUGGUUUCCGUCCUAUGUCAGCCCCAAGUCAGAGACCAGGAUUUCCACCAACAUCUAUGGGUAUGCAACCAGGAUUCCCUCCGGCUUCCACAGCCAAUCAACAGCCAAGAUUUCCGCCGGCACCUCCUUCAUCCAAUCAGGUACCAGGCUUCACUCCUGCAUCAGUAGCCAGUCAGCAGCCUGGGUUUCCGCCAGUUCCUCCUCCAACCAAUCAAAUGCCAGGAUUCACUCCUGCUUCAUCAGCUAAUCAACUUCCUGGAUUUCCUCCACCUCCACCUAUAACCAAUCAAGUGCCAGGAUUUGGACCAUCUGCCAAUCAACAACAAAGAUUUCCACCACCACCCACAUCCACAGCCACUCAACAGCCAGGAUUUCCUCCACAACCAAAUGCAACCAAUCCACAACCAGGAUUUCCACCACAACCAAAUUCUGUCAGUCAACAGCCAGGAUUUCCACCACAACCAAAUUCUGCCAGUCAACAGCCAGGAUUUCCCCCACAACCAAAUUCUGUCAGUCAACAGCCAGGAUUUCCCCCACAACCAAAUUCUGCCAGUCAACAGCCAGGAUUUCCCCCACAACCAAAUUCAACUAAUCAGUACCAAGGCCAAGGUCAGCAGUAUGCUCCACACGGAAAAACUGUAGGAGAGUUUGUCAAUUCUUACCCAAAGCAAAACGCGGGCUUUGGCGCCAUGGCAUCAAAUUUCAACAAUUUAUCUCUACAGGGUACACAGAGUAUAAAUUUAUUACAACAGAAGAAGUUGAUACCUCCUGAUGGAGUGGAAACACCAAAGCCAGUAAUACCAAAUGAUAACAGAAAUGUUAACUGCAAUCCUGAGGUAUUUCGAUGUACAAUGAACAACAUACCACAGACGUCAGCAUUGUUAAACAAGUCCAGACUGCCUCUCGGUAUUCUGAUACAUCCGUUUAAAGAUUUGUCCGGUUUGUCAGUGGCAGACCAAGUUCAACUACCUGUGAUACAGUCUAGUGUUAUAGUGAGGUGUCGAUCAUGUAGGACGUACAUCAAUCCAUUUGUUUACUUUGUCGACAGUAGAAGAUGGAAAUGUAAUCUGUGUUAUAGAGUCAAUGAAUUGCCAGAUGAGUUUUCGUUUGACCCAGUCAGUAAAAGUUAUGGUGACCCUCAGAGGAGGCCAGAAAUCAAGUCAGCAACUAUAGAGUUUAUAGCACCAUCAGAAUACAUGUUACGGCCGCCACAACCAGCUGUGUACAUUUACUUGUUAGAUGUGUCUUUCAAUGCCAUAGAAACAGGUUAUUUGACAACUUUCUGUGAGACGUUAAUGGAUGUUUUGGACCGGAUACCUGGUGAUUCUCGGACACAGAUUGGUUUCAUAGCUUAUGAUAGUUCAGUACAUUUCUUUAACCUGGCGGAGGGACUGUCACAGCCUCAGAUGCUCACUGUAACUGAUGUAGAUGAUAUUUUCUUACCGUGUCCAGAUAAUUUGCUAGUCAACUUAAAUGAGUGUAAAAAUUUGGUAAAUGAUCUGUUAAAUCAGCUACCAACAUUAUUUGAGAACAAUAUGGAAACCAGAAGUGCCCUUGGUGCCGCUUUACAAGCUGCUUUCAAAAUGACGACAUCAACUGGUGGGCGAGUGACUGUCAUGCAGACUGUUUUACCAACCUAUGGUCCUGGUGCUCUACAAAAUAGGGAAGAUUCUACACAGAAAACAUCCAAGGACAUUUCAAGUCUUGGUCCAGCAACAGAUUUUUACAAGAAGUUGGCAUUAGAUUGUUCGGCACAGCAAAUAGCUGUAGAUCUCUAUAUGUUUAAUGGACAAUAUGCUGAUAUUGCAUCUAUAGAAUGUAUAUCAAAGUUUUCGGGAGGUUGUGUGUCAUAUUACCCUUCAUACCAUGCUGUACGUUCUCCACAUCUAGCUGAGAAGUUUGAGACGGAUCUCCGACGUUACAUGACGAGAAAGAUAGGGUUCGAAUCUGUGAUGAGAAUUAGAUGCUCAAAAGGAAUAAGUAUUCACACAUUUCACGGUAAUUUCUUUGUGAGAUCCACAGACUUGUUGUCACUGCCAAAUGUGAACCCUGAUGCAGGUUUUGGUAUGCAAAUGUCUAUAGAAGAACCACUGACUGAUAUGUCAACAAUGUGUUUCCAGGCUGCGUUAUUAUAUACUUCUAGUAAAGGUGAAAGACGUAUUCGAGUUCACACGUUAUGUUUGCCAGUCACGAAUCAGAUUAGUGAAAUACAUGCGGGGGCUGACCAACAAGCUAUUAUAGCUUUACUGGCAAAAAUGGCGGUGGAUCGCAGUAUUUCAUCAUCUAUGUCAGAUGCUAGGGAGGCCAUUGUUAAUGCUGCUAUUGAUAUAUUGAAUUCUUAUGGCAGUACUCUAGCAGGGUCCCAGAGAGCAGGUGGUCUUUGUGCCAGUGAUCAACUUAAACUUAUACCAUUGUACUGUCUGUCACUGCUCAAAUCUACGGCAUUUAGGACAGGAGUAUCUACAAGACUAGAUGACAGAACAUUUGCUCUAAACCAGUGUAAAACACUGCCAGUAGCAGAACUCAUCAGAUUGUUAUACCCAGACUUGUAUCCUAUACAUACAAUCAUGGAUGUGGAUAUGGUAAAGAAAGGAAGCCUUGAGUAUCCGAAGUUACCUUUACUACAGCUGUCAUCAGCUAAUGUAGAUCGUAAUGGGGCAUAUCUUCUAGACACUGGAGACACUAUAUACCUGUAUCUAGGUAGUGCUGUAAAUCCACAAUUCUGUCAGGAUGUAUUUGACAGGCCAAACUUUGCUUCUAUACAAGAAGGUGGAAUAACGGAGUUACCAGAGUUAGAGAACGAAGGAUCAGAAAGAGUGCGAGCGUUUAUAACAUAUUUGUUAGACAUUAGAUCCAAUGGCUCGGCCUUAGUUGUUGUUAGGGAAGAUGGCAAGUUGAGAAUGAAAUUUUUCCAACAUUUUGUGGAAGAUAGGACUGAAUCCAGUAUAUCAUAUGUAGAAUUUUUACAACAAAUACAGCAACAAAUAAAAAGCUGAGGCGACAUAGUGCAAAAAAAAUAUAUAGACUAAAAUAGGUAUAUGACAAAUAAUAUUUUGAAAACAAUUAGCUCUGCUUGAUUGAAAAAACAAACUAAAUAAUAACAUAGAUGUGUGUUAAAAUUCAACAGGAUCAGUGCAAAAAAAGAUCAAUAUAUUUCUAAAGCUUGAAUAUAUUAAGUGAUUAAUUAUGAAAUAUUUAUGAUGAAUUAUUAAAAGAAUAUAUUGAUUUAAUGAUUUCCGUGGCUAUCUUUGGGGAAGAUGCUGUUUGUAAAAUGAAAGUGCUGUACAAUGUACACGUGUGCCAUGAAUGUUUAUUGAAAUGUUGAGAAAUGCAAAUCUUGCAAGUGCUUAUGAGACAGAAUUCCACUGGAUGUGAAAGGUCAUCAAGGGUCAGUGGGUUGUAUGGGGGAAAAAACAACAACAACAAUAAAACUAGUACAGUAGGUCCUGUACUUGUGAAGAAACUUGCUUCAAUGAAAUUAGUGAAGAAAUGUGCUGAAUGUUUGAGAGCAAAGUAAAAUGGAAGUGUUGGAUCAAAGUGAAAGACGGCCAGUUUUAUAGAAAUGAAAUAAACAUAUACAGUAUCGCAUGAUUUUAAAGGGAGGUAAUUAUUAUUUAUGAAUUGUGAUGUUAAGUGUUGGAUUGAUCAUUAAAAGAAUGCAAUAGCUGAUAAAAUAUGGCAAUGAAAUGAAUAGCAUAAAGUAUGAAUAUCUUAUUGCAGUGAUUACUGGAAAGAAUCAGACAUACAGAUGCUGAAUUACAUGUGAAAGUAUGGUACAAGUUUGCCUUUUCAGUUUACACUGAAGGCAGAAAUAUCUAGAUAACUUGAAAAGUGCCAAGGUUUUGUACAUUUCCAUGUAGAAGAAGGAACAUAAGAGAUGAGAUUUUAAUGAGUAUUGUCAACUUGUGAUAAAGUUGUAGAAAGAAUAGUAAAAUGAUUUUUUUACAAUGGACUGUAGAAGUUAGAUUACUGUAUUUAUGCUGUAAGUAUUGGCAAUGCAUGAUACACUGUGUCGGUAUAGGUGAUCAUACAUUUGCCUGUAUAUAAGAAAAUGCUUCAUAGUCGAAGAGUAUAUACCAUGUAUAUGAAUACAAAUCAACCAGUUCAAUUUUAUACUUUAGAUGUUGUCUGGAAUGAAUGUCGAUUGAAGAUUGCUUGGCAAUGCCACCCGUUGUUGUGAUGUACAAUGUAAUGCCAGUUUUAAAUUCUAGUUUGACUAGCUUGAUUUUAGACCAUUAUUGAAAUGUGGGGGCAGAAUGAAGUUAGAACGGCUUAUUUUUUUAUUGUUUAUAAAUCUUGAGUUAUGUAAUGAAGAAAAUUUAAUGGUCUGGUCUUUUGAAAAAUUAAAUUGUAAGGUGGGGUGUGGGUGUGCAAGGAAACCUGCCUUGAUACAUACUAUAUUGUGCCUUGAAGAUGCACUGUUAUUCCCAUUUAUUAUUUUUAAAUUACACAGGUAAUAGUCAAACAAAGUCUUGUUUGUAAUUAAUUUCAACUAUUCAGAAAAACAAAAGAAGGUAACUUUCAAUUUUACAUCAUCUACAUAAUUUGUUUGUAAUUUUGUGAUUUGAUUGCACAUAAGCUUACUGUACCUUGUGAAAAAGCAUCAAUAUGCAAAUAAAAUGAUAAUUAUAAAUACCGGUAAGCAAGUUCAGUUUUAUUCUUUGAUAAGGAAAGAGUCUUCUGUGAUAAGCAAGUUAAGUUUAAUUCUUCAGAAAUCAUCUUAUUAUUCUUUUAGAAAGGCUAGGGAUGGGGAUUUAGGAUAAAUGCUCACCUCAGUUUUUCUUUUAUGAUAAAAACAUCUAAUACAGGGUGAUAUACAGUGUUCAAGAUAUUCUUGAUUUAAAGUGUGUGUAAAGUUCAUACCACUUGGAUACUGUGCAUACCUUUUAUGUGAUUUCAAAGUGGCAAAGUGACUUGGAUUUUAUUAUUCCAGGUUGCAUGGAUGCUAUUGGGUUUGUUGAAAUAGAACACAAAAAGUUGUGGAAAAUGCAGAACUUUCUUAACAUUUUUACAGAUGUGUUAUCUAUAAAAUAAUGGAUAAACAAGAAGUUUUAUUUAAUUAAUGGCAAAAGAAUGUAUGUAAGGUUUUUUUUGUUUGGUGAUAACCUCCUUGUUUUAAAUAUUGCACAAUUUUUGUUUAUAUUUAUUUAUUGUUUCCUGUAUAAGUGUGUGUUUUAUGUUUACUGUCGUAUUUUACAGUGGUAUCCAGUACGCUGGAAUCAUCGCAGAAAUCUUGUAUUUUUCUCGACAAUUUAUCCUCAUGUAAAGUAGUGAUACCAAGUUGGGAGAUAUGAAUUAUCUUCCCUUAUUUAACGGUUGAUUCAAAGAUACCUCAUAAUUGGCAAUUAAGUUUUAGUUUUUCUACCUUCAUACAAAUUGCAUUCAUGGCCUAAAUGUUACUGGAUUACGGUAUUUGAGUUUUAAGCCUUCAUUUCCAAUGUGUAUUUUAAUCCCAGAUAUGAGAUCCAUAAACCCUUGAAUAGUAUGAGCAAUAAUAAAUUUGCUUAAUGCUACUUAUAUUGAACCCCAAAGCCAAGGCUGACUUGACUCUAGAAUGUUGACUGCUUAAAUUUUAGCAUCUUACCAUUUUAGCAUAAAAGACUUCAGUUAUUGGAGAGUCUGUGCUUAUGUUUAAUUAUGAUGCUAAAUAUUUGAAACUUUGCAAAACGAUUCUGUUCAUAUAUUGACUUUGUAUAAUUUAUUUCCUUUUUAACUACAGCAAAAAGAAUAUUGAGAUAAUUCAAGAGUGCUAUCAGAGAUAUUUUACUUUGCAGUGUUUCCAGUAUAGAGUUAUGCCUGCCUGUACAUUUUUGCAGCCUGACCUAGCUUAGUGCCAUUGGCUGUUCAAAUUGGUACUUUAAUAUUGAAAUUUCCCUCAAAAUAGCAGUUGAUAGUUCCAAAGUCAAAAACAGGACAUGUCUAUUAUCUAAAUACAGCAGGGGAAGGGGUUUAUGUGGAGGAAAAACAUGUGAAGAUAAGAGUAAUUGUCAAGUUAUAAAAAAAACUAUUAUGAUGAAAGAUAAUAGUUUUUCUGGUGUUCUUUUUUCCUUUUAUACAGGAACAUAAUGUGUAGGCAUUUACUUCUUAUUUUGAAGUUGUACCAUGUAUGUAUAUGCCAUUAUUCAAUGCUUGUUUUAUUUUGGUAUAAUUUUUGCAUAAAGCUUGUAGACAUUAUGUUUGAAGGUAUAAUUUAAAUAACAUACAAGCCAGACAGGCUUAUAUUCAGUAUUAGUUUUUAUGUAGAGGUUAUAAGUCAUAGUGCAAAGAAAAACAUUGUAUGUGUAAAAUAUUCACAUGUAAAUAAAGGCACUAAUAAGCUUCUAGAAGUGAAAGUUUUAGCUUUAAUAAUUCAUUAUCAUUUGAAAACACUUUCUUGAAAUAUUUGAAGCCUGUAUUCAGAGUCAUUUAUGAAUAAACUGUAUGUGUAAAUAACUUUUAUUACAAACAUAAGGUUGUACACAAAGUAUAAAUGGUCAUUUCAUCUCAUGAUUUUUUUCCCCUAAUUUUUUAUUUAAUUGAUAAAUGCAAAGAUUUAGCAUAUUUGUCUUGACAUAAUGAAAACUUUUUAACACACAUCAAAAUAUGACACAUAGAUGUUUAAAAAAUGCCAGAAUGGUAGGUCCUGGAUCCUUGGUUAUCUCUCAAAUAUUGAACUAUAACUGUAGAAAGUUUUCUGAUAAAAGUUCAGAUGUUCAUUAAUUUGAGUGAGGGUUGUUCAUGUGAAUAAAAUUUAGAGAACAAGUGUGUGUUUGGUCAAGCAUUUAUAUAAGCAGUUGUUUUAGAACAGGUAUUUUUUUAACAACCCUGAACACGGAAUAUUUCACUAGCCUUCAUUAUAGAUGACUUUAGAUCUCUAAUUACAACAGCUUUCUAUUUUUACUUUUAUUUUAAUUUAUAUUAUAUAGGUCAGGGUAUAUUAAGAGACAAUAUUUAGAACAAAAUGUACUGUGUAAUAUAUAAAAUAUUUUGCUUUAAAAAACAUUUUUAAAAUGAAUGCUCAGUAGAACUUUUGCCUAUUAGUACCUUUUGAGCUAGAAGCUAAAGUAAAUAGACUUGUUUUUAUACAUAUUUAUUUACAAUGAGAAAGUGUAAACAUUUUUCUGGUCAUGGUUCAUUAUUGUGUACAUGGACAUUUUUAUAUUUGAAGAAGUUGAUUUUAUUCUCCAAUCCUUCACCUUCAAAACAAGGUCAGAAGAUCAUCUAAAGUUGUUUUUUUACCUUAGACCAACAAGUUACUAAAAUCUGAUUAGUUGUAUCUUUGAGAAAACUUUUUAAAAUUGACCAAUGACGGAGAUGCAUUUGUCAAAUUGCCUCUGACCUUGAAUUCUUGACCUUUGACCCAGUUUCUUGACCUUUGAGUCAGGAUAGUUUAUAUAAUAUUUAUAUUUAGUAUGUGCAAUUUUGUGUAAACACGUAGUGUUUGAUGCUAUGUAAAGCUAGGUGUAUGUUUGUUCUGUGCUGUGUAUGUGUACCGUUAUAUUUUAUCUAGAGUAACGUUCUGUGUUUCUAUUCUACCAUGUUUCAUGUAAACCUGAAUUAUGAACCAUAGUAUGAAUAAAAUGUUUUAUUGUUAUUACAUUAUAGAAUAUGAAAAUAGUGAAAUAUUGUUAAAUCAGAAAUAAAUUAUGUCAACUAUAAAAA